UAAAGGGGACUUCAUUAGUGAGGAAAAUUAUCAACAAUUGUGUCUUGUGCAGAAGAAAGCAGCGUAAACCCGAAUAUCAAGAAAUGUCGGAUUUGCCUGUUGAUAGAGUAACUCCUGAUAAACCACCAUUUUCAUAUGUGGCUUUGGACUGUUUUGGGCCUUUCUUCAUUCGUCAAGGAAGAAGUGAUGUUAAGCGAUAUGGGGUUCUUUUCACAUGUCUAACUACCCGUGCAGUACAUGUGGAAAUAGCUCAAAAUUUGGACAUGAACUCAUUUAUAAUGGCUUUAAGGAGAUUUGUUUCUCGUAGAGGUCAAGUGUUGGAAAUUCGAAGUGACAAUGGUUCAAAUUUUGUGGCCGCUGAACAUGAACUUCGUCAAGCAAUAAAAUGUUGGAAUCAGAAGCAAGUUCAUGAUUAUCUGCUUCAGAAAAAUAUAAAAUGGAUAUUUCAAACACCUUCCGCUUCACAUCAUGGUGGUGUUUUUGAAAGACAAAUUCGGACUGUCAGAAAGGUAUUUAAUUCAAUUUGUCGGGAACAAACUUUAAGCGAUGAGGCUCUAUCCACUUUAAUGUGUGAAUGUGAAUCUAUUAUAAAUGGACGUCCAAUUACAACAGUUUCAAGUGAUGUAAAUGACUUGACACCACUGUCUCCAAAUUCAUUAUUGUUAUUAAAACAAGAACCUGUUCUUCCACCAGGUUUGUUUGAACAAAAGGAUGUGUAUUCGAGGAAACGCUGGAAACAGGUCCAGUAUUUGGCAGAUAUUUUCUGGCAAAGAUGGAGAAAAGAAUAUCUACCUCUUUUACAACAAAGAAAAAAGUGGAACAAACCUCAACGUAAUAUGUGUGUGAACGAUAUCGUUCUCAUUGUGGAUCAUAACUUGCCACGAAAUACCUGGCUGUUGGGUAGAGUUAUCAAGACUUUUCCUGGCAAGGAGGGCCUUGUUCGAUCUGUUAGUGUUCAGACCCAAUAUUCUGUUCUUCAAAGACCUGUUACAAAGCUUAUUUUAUUGCAUGCUUGUAAUUAACAAGUUAGCUCUUGCAUGAAAUUUCUUUUGCAUGACACAAUUUCGUUAUAUUUUGUGUGUUUGUUAUUUGUUUGAAUGUGUGUGUGGAAAUCUGUAAAUUGGUGUAUGUGGACACAAAUUUUCAAUUUCCAAGGGGCCAGGGUGUUACCGCCAAUAUCUUGAAGUAAAAUCAUUUCUCCCGCAAGUUGGCGCCAUGGACCAGCUUAUCGAAUGCUUGGUUAUUGCACCACAAUGAUUUUGUGGAAGUGACGUCAGGGGACCGCGCGCGCUGCAGGAUUCUGGAAGUUUCUGGCUGAUGGCUCUUUUGACGUCGGUCUGAGAGUGUUAUUUUAGGGUUUAUAAUUGAUUAAUUAGUGAACGACUUAGGCUUGUAGUGUUAGUAAAAUGUACUGUAUUUAUUUGUACUGCUAAUAAUAGUGUAUUAUUGAUAUUCCUCACAGUUUUCAUUGUAAUAUUGCUAAGUAAUUCAGUCAAGUUAUUGUGAUUUAAUGUUCAAGUUACUGCUUGACGACCCUUGAGGACACAACGUCAAAAAACCGUACUUCUUUGUACUGUGCAUCUGUUCGUACUGAAGUAUUGCUGUAUUGUUGUUCGUACUGUGUAUCUGUUCAUACUGCAGUACUGCAUCUGUUCGUAUUGUUUUACACUGUU